AGAAGAGUUCUUUAUAUUAACCUAACCUCUCUGUUAAUCACUAACCUGUUUUGUUCAGUGAUUCCGGGCUGUCCACUGAAGCCAACUCCUUGUUAUAUAAAUUGCAUUUAUUCCUGAUGAAUGUUUUGUCGGGGCUGAACAUUAGGACUCAGGCUAGAGGUGGAGCUUUUUGCUGCUACACCAACGCAUUAAAACAGAAAACCAAAAGUCACAGGUUCCCGUGACCAUCUUAACAUAUUUGGGCCAGUUAAUCAGCCUGCAGGAUGCUACACGGUGUGGAAAAGAAGCCCUAAAAGAAAUGACAAUGUCCUGGGUCAUGAAACUUAAUCCACAGCAAGCUCCAUUAUAUGGCGACUGUGUUGUUACUGUAUUGCUCGCUGAAGAGGACAAAGUUGAGGAUGAUGUAGUGUUUUACUUGGUGUUUUUGGGUUCUACCCUUCAUCACUGUACAAGUACCCGGAAGGUCAGCUCCGAUACGCUGGAGACCAUCACUCCUGGUCACGACUGCUGUGAGACAGUGAAGGUGCUGCUAUGUGCUUCCAAAGAGGGCCUCCCCGUGUUUGUGGUGGCGGAAGAAGACUUUGAGUUCGUCCAGGACGAGGCGUAUGAUGCAGCCCAGUUCCUGGCCACCAGCGCUGGGAACCAGCAGGCGCUGAACUUCACCCGCUUUCUUGAUCGGUCAGGACCCCCGUCUACAGACGUGAAUUCCCUUGAUGAGAAGGUGGCCCUCGCUUUCCGACACCUGAAGCUGCCGGCGGAGUGGAAUGUGUUGGGGACCAAUCAGACUUUGCGUGAUGGCGGCCCCCGGGAGACAUUGAUGCAUUUUGCCGUGCGGCUGGGCCUGCUGAGGCUGACGUGGUUCCUGUUGCAGAAGCCAGGUGGCCGAGGAGCGCUCAGCAUCCAUAACCAGGAAGGAGCGACACCUGCCAGCUUGGCCUUGCAGCGGGGUUAUCACAAGUUGCACAAGCUCCUGACCGAGGAGAAUGCUGGAGAACCCGACUCCUGGAGCAGUUUGUCCUAUGAAAUACCCUGUGGAGACUGUUCUGUGAGGCAUCACCGGGAGCUGGACGUCUACACACUAACCUCAGAGCCCCAGGCUCACCAUGAGCCCCCACUUCCUGCAGACAGCUGCACUGGGCACAUUUUUAAACUUAUGAACAUCCAACAGCAGCUAAUGAAAACAAACCUCAAGCAGAUGGACAAUCUAAUGCCCUUAAUGGUGACAGCCCAGGAUCCUUCGGGUGUGCUCACUGCCCAAGAUGCAGAUGGCUCCUUUCUUCCCUGCGCAUCAGGGUCCACGGACAGCCCGCCGCCUUCCUCUCCUCCUGCCGGUGCGGGGAGCUCUCCACGUGGCUCCGGGAUCACGGCCGCGCAGGUAGAACGUCCCUCUGAUUUCUCCAGUGCGGGCAAGGAAGAGAACACAGAUUGUUCCUGUAGGAAGAAAAAUAAAGGCGUGGAGACAAAAGAGGAAGAGGCGGAGCCUACCGUGGACUCUGAGACUCGGUCUAAUCCCCAAAGCUGCCUUCAGAGCAUGUCUGAUUGUGGGGAGAAGGGGAAAGAAGGCCUUCCCCCCUGUGAAAUCGGAAAUGAAGAAACUCAAGCAAAAUCUGCCACCCUGGCCACAGCCCAGGGGUCUCUGAGCAGUGGGGGUGCUGCCCUGCCGGGAGUUACACUCAUGGAGUCAGGCCCGGCCCCGCAUUUCCCUGCAGGUGAACAGGAAGGCAGGUCAACAGGAGAUGCUGGUGUCCCAGAGACCGCAGAGGGAGCGGAACGUGGUCUCAGGAACCCAGAUGCCACCACCCAGAAGAAGGUGCUCGCAGCCGGGGAAAGGACAAAGGAAAGACUGGAGAACUCUCAUGUCGGUGCAGCUGGAGCCUCUCAUGUCAAAGACACAAGGCAGCCAGUGGAUAAAGCCAUGGUUCCAAACUGCGUGUCUGCCACCAGCUCCCUGGACGGUGAGACGCCUGCUGAGUCGGUACUUGUACUGAGUCAUGGAGGAGCCCCUAUUGAAAAAACUGCCGAAACAGAAACUUCCAGAUGUUAUGACGCGAGUGCCGAUGAUCAGAGCCCUGCCAGCGUUCCAGCUGCUGCAGAUGGCAAGAUGGAUGCUCCCUUAGCACACACGGGUGGGGCAGUGUCGUCCGCUGAUCUGCCCUUCCCCCGGCCACAAAAAGAUGCUUUGCCGAAGGAGAAAGCAGAAACGAAUUCACCUCAUCUUCAGAGCCAGAACGACCAGCCACCCAUCUGCUCUCCACCUGGAGACGAUCAACCUCAAGCUGCCUCUGCCAGUGGACAGAGUACAGUGACGUCUAGUGGUGCGCUGGCUGCAGAGCAUCGCGAUGACACAGACACCCCGCCUGCAGGCUCCGCCACAGGCCCACCCCACGCACAGCCUCCGCCCACUGCCGUCUGCCCGGAAGGCCCACAGGCUGAGGCCGUCACCCCUGACCCUGUAGGAGACACCCAGGAAGAUGUGGGUUUUUGUCCCCUUGAAGUUUUGGAUACAGCGGGCCAAACAAGACGUGUGAACUCACAAACACCUCUCACAAACGCGCUUGAAGUGGAGCUGCAUCCACACGCUGUUUUCCCCAAAGCAGAUCGAGAGCCAGUGCCAGACCAGGCGGUGACAUCAGGCAGGACUUUCUCUCCGGCAGGCAGUCCAGGCAGUGAAUCAGUAACGAAAGAUGACGCACUUUCUCUUGUCCCCUCCCAGAAUGAAAAGGGAACAGCAACUCCCCAGCCACUUACCGCUACAGACGGUAGAGAUGGCGGAGAUUGGAGUGAUCCAGAUAAGCAGCCACUAGAAGACGGUGCAGCAGGCCUGCCCACACCCCCCGCUGCCCUGGAUCCUCAGCCCAGCAUGGGGAACGCCAGUCCUGGAGGAUUUGGGGGGGAGCAGGAGGACCCCUGCCUCCCAGCAGCCCCUGAAGUUAGGAACAUGGAAGGGGGCACCGACUCUUCCCGGCUACAUGUGGCUGAGGCCCCUCUGGCCUCUGAUUCCAGUUUGACUGAAGAAGGAAAAAGCCCGGUGGUUCCAGAAAGCUCUGCGGCUCAAGGACAAGGUGACAGAUUGAAAGCAGUGAUUUGCUCCUCCACUAAGGAGGACACGCUUCCUCCAGGGGCGCUGCGGGAAGAGCAGGGAACAGACCCUCCGCGACAGGAGUCACCAGGGGACCAGGGAGAACCUGGCGCAGCUGCCUGUUCCCGGGACAAAGCACUUGAACACAGCGGUUCCCGGGGCACACCCUCGGCCUGUCUGAAUGCAGAAACUAAACACAACGAGGAAGUGGCCCCACCAGCCUCACUGCUGACUGAAGGUGGGGCCGCCCAGAGCCCGGUGCCACCGGGAGCAGGUCUGGCCACAGACGCGGGCCAGGAAGCCGUGGGUGCAGAGCAGAGCAGCUCACCUCGGCUGCCGGGUCUGUCCCCAGAUGCCUCUCGGGCUCCUAAUUGCAAUGGACCUUCUGCUGUGGAUGGAGUGACGGACGCUCAAGCCCAGGGAGAGACUGCUGCUUGCGAGGCGAGUGGAAACAUGGCAUUGGAUGUGGCAGUGGGUAAUGCGCUACAAGGAACUGCGGAAGCCAGAGGAACGGCUUUGUCGCACAGUGCCCAGGACCUGCCCGUUCCGGAAGUCUUGCUGCGCCAGGAGAACGGGAUCCAGGUUUUGCCAGGAGCCUUACCAGACAAAGGUGGGACCAACCUCCAGGGUGCUGCAGCCCCAGAGACGGUGCCUCCUGUUUGGGAGAAAGGGAAGCCGGAGGGAGCCCACCGCAGCUGUAGCAGGGAUGCCUCCGAGGGGGCACAGAUGAAUGACACACGCUCCGUCCCCCUGCAGCCCACUGCCAAGGAGCUCCCCGCAGAGGCAGGGCUCUCCACCAGUGAUGACAAGGCCCCCAGCAGGGACAGGGGUGCUCCCCCUGACCCUCACGCUGUGUCUGCCGAGGCCGGGCACCUGCCUGAGAGCGCAGACUCCAUCGAGGAGGCUGCGAGUCGUAUAGUGGAUGCCGUCAUCGAGCACGUCAGGGCCUCAGGAGCCCUGCUCACAGAGGGCGACAUCAGUCACCUGCCACCGUCCAGUCCUGCGGAGACAGGACCGGGGGCUGGCCAGCCGGAGAGCGCUUCUGCCGGGAAAGUGCACGCCCUCCUGUCUGGGGAGACCCCACCAGCGGGCAGUAGUCGUGAAGAAACACCCGGGAGCCCUGCCGGAUGCUCUGCUGGAAGGGAGGAGCCAGAGAAGAUCAUUCCGCCGGUUCCAGGACCUGAGCCAGCAACAGAAAUGCCAGACACCAAGGCCGACGAUGAGGUGGACUUUCUGAGGAAUCCCAGGCAGAGUUCCGUUUCUGAGGAGGCGGCUGGAGGCGACACGGCUGCGCCUUCGGGGACGAGACAAGGCCUGAAGACACAGACGAUAAACCGGGAAAGCUGGUGCACAAUUGAGCCGUGUGCUGAUGCAGCCUCCCUGCUGGCUCCCCCGCAGAGCCCAGUCUCUUUUUCAGAAUGUGAGAACUUCCUGGGUGUCGGGCUGGGCCGGGAGUGUGCUCCCACAGAAGGUGAACUGAAAAGAGAAUCCGGGAGUGACUCCGACCUCUUCCACUCGCCCAGCGAAGACGUGGACAGCAUCGUCUUCUCCAAGCCCGAGGAAGAGCAGUCGGUCUGUGACAUCACCGGAUCCAGUUCCUCCACCGACGACACCGCCUCCCUGGACCGCCACUCUUCGCAUGGCAGCGAUGUGUCCCUCCCCCAGAUGCCAGCUCUGCACAGGUCCAGAGAGCAGCAGUCCCUCGACGGCUUCUACAGCCCCGGGGUGGGCGCGGAGGGGCGAGAGAGUGAGAGCGAGCCUGCCGGCUCAGGUGAGAUGGAGGAGGAGGAGAUGGACAGCAUCACCGAAGUGCCUGCCAACUGCUCUGUGCUGAGGAGCUCCCUGCGCUCGCUGUCCCCUUUCCGGAGGCACAGCUGGGGUCCUGGCAAGAAUGCCGCCAGCGAUGGAGAAAUGAGCCACCGGAGUUCAAUGCGCGUUCUUGGGGAUGUUGUCAGGAGACCUCCCAUUCAUAGGAGAAGUAUGAGCUGGUGUCCCUCUGGUGUGCAGUGCUCUGCUGCCCUGAGUGCCGACUUUAAUUACAGAAGUUUCAGCCUAGAAGGCUUGGCAGGAGGCGCUGGGGUCGGAAACACGCCAUCCUCAUCUCUGGAAGGAAACUCUGCAAACGCCAAAGAGCUCAGGCACCCGUUCGGGGGUGAGGAACGGGGAGACUCUCUGGUGUCCCUUUCAGAAGAGGAUCUGGAAUCGGGCCAGAGAGAACAUCGGAUGUUUGGUCAUCAGACCUGCCACAGAUCUAAGCAACAGGGCUUCAACUACUGCACGUCAGCCGUUUCUUCCACUUUGACAAAAUCCGUCUCGUUAAUGACCAUCAGCCAUCCUGGGUUCGACAGUUCCCGGUCUUUCCACAACACCAGCGCUAAUCUGACGGAGAGUAUAACAGAAGAGAACUACAGUUUCCUACCACAGAGCCCCUCCAAGAAAGACUUCGAAGGGAAGAGUGGGACAAAAGUCAGCCGCACUUUCAGCUACAUCAAGAAUAAAAUGUCCAGCAGUAAAAAGAGCAAAGAAAAGGAGAAAGAGAAAGAUAAAAUCAAGGAGAAGGAGAAGGAUUCUAAAGAGAAGGAGAAGGACAAAAAGCUCCUCAACGGCCACGCGUUCAGUGCCAUUCCCAUCGUGGGUCCCAUCAGCUGCAGCCAGUGUGCGAAGUCCUUCACCAGCAAGGACGCCUACGCUUGUGCAAAUUGCAGUGCUUUCGUCCACAAAGGCUGUCGAGAAAGUCUGGCCUCCUGUGCGAAGGUCAAAAUGAAGCAGCCGAAAGGGAGCCUUCAGGCGCACGACACGUCAUCCCUGCCCACAGUCAUCAUGAGGAACAAGCCCUCGCAGCCCAAGGAGCGCCCUCGGUCCGCAGUCCUCCUGGCUGAUGAAGCCACUGCCGCCCCCCUGUUCCCCAAUAGACGGUCCCAGCAGAGCAUGUCGCUGUCCAAAAGUGUCUCCAUACAGAACAUCGCUGGAGUUGGCAACGACGAGAACAUAUCGAACACCUGGAAGUUCCUGUCGCACUCCACAGAUUCGCUGAAUAAAAUCGUCAAGGUCAACGAGUCCACAGAAUCCCUUACUGACGAGGGAGUAGGUACAGACAUGAAUGAAGGACAGCUGAUGGGCGACUUCGAGAGUGAGUCCAAGCAGCUGGAGGCGGAGUCCUGGAGUCGCGUGGUGGACAGCAAGUUUCUGAAGCAGCAGAAGAAGGAUGCGGUCAAGCGGCAGGAGGUGAUCUAUGAGCUGAUGCAGACGGAGCUGCACCACAUCCGCACGCUCAAGAUCAUGAGCGACGUGUACAGCCGGGGCAUGAUGACCGAGCUGCUCUUCGAGCAGCAGAUGGUGGAGAAGCUGUUCCCCUGUUUGGACGAGCUGAUCAGCAUCCACAGCCAGUUCUUCCAGCGGAUCCUGGAGCGGAAGAAGGAGUCCCUGGUGGACAAGAGCGAGAGGAACUUCCUCAUCAGGAGGAUGGGCGACGUGCUUGUGAACCAGUUUUCCGGGGAGAACGCUGAGCGCCUGAAGAAGACGUACGGCAAGUUCUGUGGGCAGCACAACCAGUCGGUGAACUACUUCAAAGACCUUUACACCAAGGACAAGCGUUUCCAGGCCUUCGUGAAGAAGAAGAUGAGCAGUGCCGUCGUGAGGCGGCUGGGCAUCCCCGAGUGCAUACUGCUGGUCACGCAGCGCAUCACCAAGUACCCCGUGCUGUUCCAGAGGAUCCUGCAGUGCACCAAAGACAAUGAGGUGGAGCAGCAAGACCUGGCUCAGUCCCUGAGCCUCGUGAAGGAGGUGAUUGGAGCCGUGGACAACAAAGUGGCGAGUUACGAGAAGAAAGUACGUCUGAAUGAGAUUUACACGAAGACAGACAGCAAGUCGAUCAUGAGGAUGAAGAGCGGUCAGAUGUUUGCCAAGGAGGACUUGAAGCGGAAGAAGCUGGUGCGGGACGGGAGUGUGUUUCUGAAGAACGCAGCGGGCAGGUUGAAAGAGGUCCAAGCAGUUCUGCUGACUGACAUUUUAGUUUUCCUUCAAGAAAAAGACCAGAAGUACGUCUUUGCGUCAUUGGACCAGAAAUCCACAGUGAUCUCCUUGAAGAAGCUGAUUGUGAGGGAGGUGGCGCACGAGGAGAAGGGGUUAUUCCUCAUCAGCAUGGGCAUGAAGGACCCGGAGAUGGUGGAAGUCCACGCCAGCUCCAAAGAGGAGCGCAACAGCUGGAUCCAGAUCAUCCAGGACACAAUCAACACCCUGAACAGAGAUGAAGAUGAAGGAAUUCCUAGUGAGAAUGAGGAAGAAAAGAAAAUGUUGGACACCAAAGCCCGGGAAUUAAAAGAACAACUCCAGCAGAAGGACCAGCAGAUCCUGCUCCUGCUGGAAGAGAAGGAGGGCAUCUUCCGGGACAUGAUGGAGUGCAGCACCCCCUUGCCGGAGGAAUACUCCCCCACCGUCAGCCCUCGCAUCCUCUUCCGCUCCAACACAGAGGAGGCGCUCAAGGGAGGACCUUUAAUGAAAAGUGCAAUAAAUGAGGUGGAGAUCCUUCAGGGUUUGGUGAGUGGAAGCCUGGGAGGCCCCCUCGGGCAGGCGGUGAGCAGUCCUGUGGGGCAGGAAGGCACAGUUGGCCCUGUCUCCUUGCCCCGGAGAGCGGAGACCUUCGGGGGAUUCGACAGCCAUCAGAUGAACGCUUCCAAAGGAGGAGACAAGGAAGAAGGAGACGAUGGCCAGGAUCUGCGGCGAACGGAAUCGGACAGUGGUCUGAAAAAGGGUGGAAAUGCUAACCUGGCGUUUAUGCUGAAAAGAAACAACGAGCAGGUCAUCCAGAGCAUCGUCCACCUCCACGAGCUCCUUAGCACUUUGCAGGGGGUGGUGCUGCAGCAGGACAGCUACAUCGAGGACCAGAGGCUGCUGCUGAGCGAGAGGGCGCUGGCCCGCAGCUCGUCCCGGCCCAGCUCCCUGGUGGAGCAGGAGAAGCAGCGCAGCCUGGAGAGGCAGCGCCAGGACCUGGCCGACCUGCAGAGGCAGCAGGCGCAGCACCUGGAGGAGCGGCGGCGGCGGGAGCGCGAGUGGGAGGCCCGGGAGCGGGCGCUGCAGGAGCGGGAGGCCCGGCUGGCCCAGCGCGAGGAGGAGGUGCAGCGCGGCCAGCAGGACCUGGAGCGGGACCGGGAGGCGCUGCUGCAGAAGCGGGGCGCCUACCAGUACGACCUGGAGCGGCUGCGCGCGGCCCAGAAGCAGCUGGAGCGGGAGCAGGAGCAGCUGAAGCGGGACGCGGAGCGGCUCGGCCAGAGGCAGCUGGAGCGCGACGCCUGUCAGGUCUCCCAUCCACACCCCAAGCUGCUGAGGAUCCCCACCUUCCUCCCCAACCCCGAGGAGUCCCCCCUGCCGCCUGCGCCUUCGAUAGCCAAGUCAGGGUCCUUGGACUCAGAACUCUCGGUGUCCCCAAAACGGAACAGCAUUGCUCGGACACACAAAGACAAGGGGCCUUUUCACAUACUGAGUUCUGCCAACCAACCCAGCAGAGGGCCGGAGGGCCCCAGCCAGACCCCGGCGCCCCCCUCCUCCUCCACCCGCCUGUUUGGAUUGGCAAAGCCAAAGGACAAGAAGGAGAAAAAGAAGAAGAACAAAGGCCGCUCUCCGUCCGGGGACGGCCCUGCAUCAGAAGUGCCCGCAGAGGGUGAGGAGAUCUUCUGCUGAUCCCCCUCCCCCGCUGGCCGUGGCACCAGCCCCCUCCUGCUGUCCCUGCGUGCCCGCUCUCCUGCGUGGACACCGCCCUCUUCAAGCAUCGCUCCUCCGCACUGCAGGGCCGGGACCUGAGGGACAGGGGGUCCCGCGCGUCGGUGGGUGAGGAGGCCCAGACUUCCCACCCUGGCGACGGGGUGGGGGCCGGCCGGUUGAGAGUGUUACACUGAAAGCAGUGUCCCCAGAAGUCCAGGCGAUGGUGUGGGCCAUGUCAGGAAUCCUAAAAGCUGAAAGAAUGUUCCAGAUGAGGUGUGAAAUGCUGGCUGCCUUUUGUUUUGGGGACCGCCUCUGAGACGCCAACAGCAGGUGGAGGGGACUUGCUGUGUGUGCAUACAGUGACCGUCCGCAUACGUGCGUGGGGCUGGCAGGGUCACGCAGUCUGUCCGUGAGCACUGCGCAGGCGCGUGCAGGCUGGGCUCUCGUCGCUGGGCCCCGAGGCGGUUCCCACCCCCCACUCCGCACGCCUGUUUGCAUGUAUCUCCGUUCACUGUAGAAGGGAUGACGGACACGUGUGGAAACCAGUGAGAAAAGACUUGGUGUUUCAAAAGCAUCUGAUCUGCACCUCCUCAAUUCUCGUGUUCCAACCACCAAAACAAGGGCCCGAUUUCAUUGAUCAAUUCGGAAGAAAUUCCACCCUGGUUUUCCAAGGUGUUUGCCCACAUGUUCUGGGCGUGAUGAAGCAGAGAGGCCUCCUCGCCACCACCCCUGCAAGGUGACACUUUUUGGUUGUCACUGACCACUCAGAAGUGGCCACAGCGUCCUGGCAGUGUUCCUGAGGACCACGGUGGCCCCCGGGAAGCUGGUCCUGCCUGGCGCUCAUGGGAGACAGCGGCCCCUCGGCUCCACCAAUAGGGGCCCGCUCCUCCUGCAGGAGCUUGUCCCCGCCCCAGGCUAGGACCCCCAGCUGGGAAGUAGCUCAGUGAAGGUGUGAAACAGUGGUCUGUCUCCACCAGCACAGGAGAGACAGGCCGGGUGUGGCUCGGGAGGGCUCUCACUCUGUCUGGAGGCUUGGCAAAAUUUAACUUCUUAAAAAGUUUUUUAAAAACCUAAAGGCCUGUUGGUUAUUGCACUCUGCCCCGUGAAGAUGCCUCAGAGGCGGCCUGUUUCCUGUCCUCUGUCUUCUGUCCUUUUUGCCUUCUGCGUUGGGUCUGUAUUUGCUUUCAGCUUGUCACCAGCUGGGCGGUGCCGGGGUUCAUGGGCGUGGCUCCCCUGCGAGGCCGCACCUGCCCCGCUGUGGCUGCCGGGAGGCACCCCGGGGACCGUGCUCUAACGCGGCUCCCACUCCUGCCUUCUGCCCCUCGGGAGCCGUGACCAUCCUUUUUAAAAAACAAAAAAUCUGUAACUUGGUGCUUGAUGAAUUGCAAGCUGGCCUUGCAGAUGGAGAUAUUUAUCUUUCAGUUUAUUUGAAAGAGGUCUGGUUUAAAAUCGUUAGCUAGUUAUGUUUUAUUUAUUGUGUGUGUGUGUCCGUGUCCGUGUCCGUGUCCGUGUCCAUGUGUGUGAGGGCGAACAUACUGUCCCAACGGUUACCCAACUCCCUGGUCACUGGCCGGGGAGCGGCGCCGGCUGCUCACCCCUCAGUGUCUGCAAGUGCCUUGAAGGCCCACAAGACACCAGGGUGGGGAAGGGUCCCUUUCCUGCCCCACCCCAGCCCCAGCGCAUCCUUUACCAAGGAGGGGGUGUCUUCUUGCUGCCGAGGAGGGACGCUUGCCUGGUUUUGUCAUUGAGUUUCUUUCCCUCCAGCAAUAGACUUGAGGAAUAAAACCAACCGAUUUCUCCUUUUCUCUCAUAACCAUGUAUCCACCCCACCCCUCCGCCCACCACCAAAGACCCUAAACAGCAAGCAGCCAGUCCCCCCAGCUUCGCAGCACAGCCAUGCCCACCUGGCCCUCCCAGAGCUCAGCUGUCUGUCCUUGUCGCCUGCUGGGUUACCCCGGGGCUUCGUGUCGCUCUGCUGGAAGGCAGCACCGGGUCCACGUGCGCCCGGCCGCCUGUGCCCGGGACGAUGCGAUGGGCUGUCGGGCUGCGCUCAGAGGCCAGUGGACAGGGAGCGUGUGUGGCUGCACAGCGUGGCUUCCGUUUGAGACUCACUCCCCCGCCCCACCCCCUCCCUCUGAGGUUGAACUUGGGGAUUUUUGCUGCUGUGCUUGUGCUUAUGACCUUGAGGACGGCGCUGAGUCUAAGCCCCGCCUGGGUUUCUUUCCUGGGAGAAGGGGUUGACUUCUCGGGUGACUCAGGUUCAAGUCCUCGGGGCCCCCAGCUUCUCUGUCAGCCUCCAGAGAUCAGGUACCCAACAUUGUGUUUAAGUUUUGGGGGGACGAAGGAGACACCUUCCAGAGUCUCCAGGUUUCCAGAAUCUAAUGAGUUUCCUGGAAGGAGGGGUACCUUCUCUCCAUUAUAUCAUCUCGGUAAUUGUCAUCCUACCUGGGCGACCUGUGCACUUUUCAUGCUGUCGCCAGCUGGCUUCGCUUUUGUGACAACUGUGUCAACUGUUUCCUUCUUGGAAAACCCAGGUGGUUAAAAACACGCAAACGCCCACAAUUCAGCCUUUGCCAACGUUCCAUCCUACCCCCGAAGCUGUAUGUGGGCAAGAAAUCUGUGUCAAGAUUUUUUUGGAAAAGGUACGAAUCUUACCUUUUUUCCUCUUAAGUCUCAGGGCAAUACCACUGGAACCUGUCCCUUUGCUCACUUGCUCCCUUAUCUGUUACCUUCCCAAGCCCGGCAUUAGCAGCAGUGAGCAUAGCGUGAGGCCCUGGGGCUUUGCGGGGCCUUUUUGGGGCGGGAAUAGAGCGCAUAGGGUUUCACAGAAUGGGCUCUGCCUUCAGAAAAGCUGGGACCGCACAUAACCUUCGAGGCCAGACCGUGGUCCGGAAGUCGCUCCUCCGUCAUCCUUGUCUCUGAGGCUUUCUCCCCAGGGGUCUUUCCCCGAGGGUUUGAGUGUGGACCUCCCGUGCGAUGGUGGCAGUUGUGCCAGAGGACAGCCGAGCCCUGGGAGGGGUGUAGAGAGGGGCUUGGUGAGGAGGCUCCAGGGCCACAGAGAGGGUGGUUUGGCGGGGACACUGCCACAGGGCAUCGACCCCCUCCACGCUGGGGUGUGCUUGGAAUGGGAGCCUGCAGGGACUGUGGCUGGCAGGGUGGGUGUGCCUUGCCCCUGCAGCGGGACCGUUGGACAACACGGCUGUGGUCCUGACUGGCCGGUCCUAGCCGGGCCUGGCGCUCCUUGGCCUAAAGAGACGGGGGAGGGGCCCAGCGUGCUUGGCUUUGCUGCUUCCUCUUUCUUCCAACGCAGCGUGACAUUCCUUCUUAACCAGAGCCUUGGGACGGACGCCUGCUGGCCAGGUGUUAGGAUGACAAGUAUUGUAAUGCGGCCAUAAUAGGAAAAACACACACAGGCUGCUGCUUCCCAUGUCCUCCUCUAACUGAAUUUAUGCAAAGACAACAGGCCUCAAAUGACUUCUCCAACUCGUGAGGCUCAAAGAUGGGCAAACGCAAGUGGGCCAGGCUCUCCUGCCACAGACCCUGCUGUGCUGCUGCCAACACCCAGCCAGAGCCGGCCUGUGCCCCGCCUCCCUGCCUCCUGCGGCCAACGGAGGACCGGCCCCAGCCCCUGGCCCCCCGUGCACUCCGCUUGUCACCUCUGCCUUUUGCAGCCACCCAACAGGAAGGGCAGCGAGAGCACGACAGGGCCCCGCCCUGUGGUCACGGCUCAGCCUGUGGCUUCCUGUGUGUCACGCACCCCGUGGGGCGCGGGGGCCACCGGGACAGGCAGGAGAUGACCACGCACACCUGCGUCUGCUCAUUCGUGUUUCCCCUGUGUGAACAUUUCUGUGCUGAAUCCCACUAAGUAAGGGGUGAAACCCACGUGCUGUAUAUGCAUUUGUAAUUAUGUAUAAAGUGAACAGUUUUAAACUGUAAAGAUUUUUUUUUUCAGUGUGUUUCCUGGAAUUUUGCCACAACAUACUGGCUUUGUAUUUUAUUUAUCUUCCUGUCUAGUUAUUGGCUUCAGAUUUCUGUAAAGUCCCCCUCAACCCUUCCAAAAAAAUAAAUGUUCUGUACGUCUCGA